GUGCCGGAAGUGACGUCAGGUGCGUGCCGGCGGCGUCGCCAUCAUGGUGGGCAGGGGAGGCUGGCGCGUCCCGGAGCGGUGGACGAAGUACGCCCCGCUGGGCCGGCGGGUGCCGGGCACGCGCUUCGUGGCCUUCAAGGUGCCCCUGAGCAAGGGCUUUGAUCACAACCUCCUGCCAGCAGAGAGAUUUUCCCCUCAGGACCUCAUCAGGAAGGUGCAGGAGAGGAAGGAGGAGCUGGGGCUGAUCAUCGACCUGACCUUCACCACGCGCUACUACGGGCGUGAGGAGCUGCCACCGGCGCUGUGCCACGCCAAGGUCCCGACCAUGGGCCACCAGGUCCCCGGCAGGAAAUCUUUCAUGAGGUUCCGCUACCUGGUGGGGAAAUUCCUGGAGGACAACGGGGACAACGACAAACUCAUCGGGGUGCACUGCACGCACGGCCUGAACAGGACUGGCUACCUGGUGUGCAGGUACCUGAUUGAGGUGGAAGGCAUGGAGCCCAAUACUGCCAUAGAGUUGUUCAACAAAGCUCGAGGGCACCCCAUGGAGAGAAGAAACUACAUCCAGGACCUGCAGAGGAGAGCCCAGAGCAGCUGUGAGCUGAAGAGUUUGGGCUCGGAUCCGCUCAGGAGGAAAGGCAGUGCCCCAGCAAAGCCCCCCCAGCCCCCCCUGGCAGUGCCCAGGGACCCUGGCAGUGCCAGGCAGGGGCGGCUGCCCGGCCCCACGGCUCAGGGACAGCCCCAGGGGCUGGGGCAGAGGAAGCAGAAAAAGCUGGAACAUCAGGAACAGAAUCAUCUGGAGAUGGAGCAGCAGGAGAAGAGGAGGCAGAAAAAGAUGGAGCAGCAGGAACAUCUGGAGCAGAGGAAGCAGAAAAAGCUGAAACAUCUGGAAAUGGAGCAUCUGGAGCAGAGGAAGCAGAAUAAUCUGGAGGAGAAGGAGCAGAAUCAUCUGGAGCAGAAUUACCUGGAACAGAGGAAGAAGAAGAAGCAGAAUCAUCUUGAACAGAAUCAUCUGGAGCAGAGGCAGCAGAAAAAGCAGAAUUAUCUGGAACAGAAUCAUCUGGAGCAGAGGAAGCCAAAAAAGCCAAAGCUCCAGGAGAUGGAACAUCAGGAGCAGAGGAAGCAGAAAAGGCAGAAUUAUCAGGAGCAGAAUAAUCUGGAGCAGAGGCAGCAGAAAAAGCAGAAUUAUUUGGAACAGAAUCAUCUGGAGCAGAGGCAGCAGAAGAAGCCAAAGCUCCAGGAGAUGGAGCAUCAGGAGCAGAGGAAGCAGAAGAAACACGAUCAUCUGAAGCAGAACAAGCUGGAACAUCAGGAGCAGAACCAUCUGGAAACAGAGCAGCUGGAGCAUCAGGAACAGAACCGUGUGGAGCAGAAGAAGAAGAAGAAGCUGAAGCUCCAGGAGCAGGAGCACCAGGAGCAGAGGAAGCAGAAAAAACUGGAUAAGAGACAGCAGAAGCAGCAGAAUUGUCUGGAACAGAGGCAGCAGAAUGAUCUGGAGCAGAAUCAUCUGGAGGUUCAGCAGCAGGAGCAGAGGAGGCAGAAAAAGCCGGAUAAGAGAUGGCAGGAGCAGAAUUGUCUGGAGCAGAAUGCCCUGGAGCACAGGCAGCAGAAUCACCUGGAGCAGAAUUACCUGGAGAUAGAGCAGAGGAAGCAGAAAAAAAUGGAUAAGAGACAGCAGAAGAAGCAGAAUUGUCUAGAACAGAAUUGUCUGGAGCAGAGGCAGCAGGAUUUUCUGGAACAGAAUUACCUGGAGCAGAAUGAUCUGGAAAUAGAGCAUCAGGAGCAGAGGAAGCAGAAGAAGCAGAAUUACCUGGAGCAGAAUCAUCUGGAGAUAGAGCAGAGGAAGCAGAAAAAAAUGGAUAAGAGAUGGCAGAAGAAGCAGAAUAAUCUGGAACAGAGGGAGCAGAAUCCCCUGGAGCAGAAUAACCUGGAACAGAGGCAGAAGAACGACCUGGAGGAGAAUCCCCUGGAGCAGAACGAUCUGGAGGUUCAGCACCAGGAGCAGAGGAAGCAGAAAAAGCCGGAUAAGAGAUGGCAGAAGGAACAGAAGCUGCAGCAGCCGUGCAGCGUGCCCCCCAGGAACUGCUCUCUCUCCCCACGCCCCAAGAAGAAGAAGCAGCAGCAGCAGCAGGACAUGUGGUGACAGCUCUUUCCAGCCAGGGCUGCUGGACAAGGCUGCUUUAAAUCUGCUUUUUAAAUCUGCUUUUUAAAUCUGCUUUUUUAUCUCCCUUUUCUCACUGCCCACAGCUCUGCUGCUUCUCCAGCAGUUUUUUAGCCUGGUGCUGUGCCUGAUCCGUGAGGGAUGCUGGAGAAACAUCCCCAGAGCCUUCAACAAAGCGGGUUUUUGUUGAUUUCCUCAGGGACCGGCCCCAAAACAACGAUUUUUAUGCUCCUUUUUACUAAAGUAAAUUCCCACGCUGUGCAAACCUCA